AGGUGGGACCGCCGCGGAGGAAGCGGAAGAGAGAAGCUGGCUCCGCCCCUCGGAGGCAAGAGGGACCCAGGAAGACUCAGGUUGGACAGACCCCUGCACUGCUGGUCCAGAAAUGACUUCUUUGGGUACCAGCAGCCAGACCGUGACUGAAUACGUUGUCCGCGUCCCCAAGAGCACCUCCAAAAAGUAUAACAUCAUGGCCUUCAAUGCUGCUGACAAGGUCAACUUUGCCACCUGGCACCAGGCCAAGAUGGAGCGAGACCUGAGCAACAAGAAGAUCUACCAGGAGGAAGAGAUGCCAGAGUCGGGAGCCGGCAGCGAGUUCAACCGCAAGCUGCGGGAGGAGGCGCGUCGCAAGAAGUAUGGCAUCGUCCUGAAGGAGUUCAAGCUGGAAGACCAGCCCUGGAUCCUGAAAGUCAAUGGCAAAGCCGGCCGCAAGUUCAAGGGGGUGAAGAAAGGGGGGGUGACAGAAAAUACCUCCUACUACAUCUUCACCCAGUGUGCCGAUGGUGCUUUUGAAGCCUUCCCGGUCAACAACUGGUACAACUUCACGCCCAUCGCUAAGCACCGCACCCUGACUGCGGAGGAGGCUGAGGAGGAGUGGGAACGGCGGAACAAGGUCCUGAACCACUUCAGCAUCAUGCAGCAGCGGCGGCUGAAGGACCAGGGCGACGAGGAAGAGGAAGAGAAAGAGAAGAAGAGCAAGAAGAAGAGCAGCGAGCUCCGCAUCCACGACCUGGAAGACGACCUGGAGCUGAGCUCAGACGAGAGCGAGCUGAGCGAUGCCGACGGUGAGAAGCUGGCCAAGCCCAAGAAGGCAGCCCCAGGGAACAAGAAGAAGAAAAAGAAGAAAGGCUCAGAUGACGAGGCCUUCGAAGACAGCGACGACGGGGAUUUCGAGGGCCAGGAGGUGGACUACAUGUCGGACGGGUCGAGCAGCUCCAUGGAAGAGCCAGGAGGUAAACCCAAAACGGGCAAAGAGGAAGACAUCCCAAAAGGGAUCGACGAAGCAAGCGAGAGCAGCGAAGAAAGCGAGGAGGAGAAGCCCGCGGAGGAGAAGGAAGAGGAGGAGGAGGAGAAGAAGGCCCCCACCCCUCAGGAGAAGAAGAAGAAGAAAGAUUCGAGUGAUGAAUCGGAGACUUCAGAAGACAGUGACAUCGAGAGCGAGGCGUCUUCUGCGCUCUUCAUGACGAAAAAGAAGACGCCUCCGAAGAAGGAACGGAAGGGCUCGGCCAGCAGCUCCCAGGGAAACAGCCGCCCAGGGACACCCACAGUGGACAUCGGAAGCACCUCCUCCACCCUGCGGGCAGCGGCCACCAAACUGGAGCAAGGCAAACGGCAAGCGGGAUCCACGGAGCUCCCCACGGCCAAGAGGCUGAAGAUGGACGCCGGGUCUCAGGCUGCCACCACCUCCGGGAAAUCAACGCCCCAGCCGCAGUCGGGCAAGUCAACACCCAGCAGCGGAGACGUGCAGCUGACGGAGGACGCCGUGCGCCGCUACCUGACCCGCAAGCCCAUGACCACCAAGGACCUGCUGAAGAAGUUCCAGACCAAGAAGACGGGCCUGAGCAGCGAGCAGACGGUGAACGUGCUGGCCCAGAUCCUCAAGCGCCUCAACCCGGACCGCAAGAACAUCAACGACAAGAUGCACUUCUUCCUGAAGGAGUGAGGGGGGGCCGACGGCCAAGCAGAGACCGGCCCAUCCUCCGUGAGCUCCUCGGGUCCAGAUAGCCGCCAGGAGGUGGGGCUCCAGACUCGAACCGUGGGGGCUCCGUUUCACCCUUUGGGGAGAAAGCAGUCUCCUAGGGCCAAGAGCCCUUCUUCUUCCUUGGGAUCACAGUGGUAGAUAAUCGCUAUCCGUUCUGGAGCGUCGAAGGCUCCGUCUCCUUCGAGGGGGUCUGUGUUUUCUCCACCGUAGGGAGGGAUUUGCGAAUGAUAUGCUGUCUUUCAAAAAUAAAAUAGGGUCUUUUCAGA